UCACCAAGCGGUGACUGCAAUAUUAUAUUUCUUGCUAAUAGUAUAAAAGACUUUAAAAAAGAUGAUACAAUGCCUAUUUGCUGGCUUGUCAGUGAAGAGGGUACCCAUAAACCAAUCCAGUUACCUCAUUUACGUGCGGUUGUUGUUGGGCGAGGCCCAGAAACGACAAUUAAAGACAAGAAAUGCUCCCGGCAGCAAGUUGAACUGAAAGCUGAGUGCAACAAAGGUUAUGUCAAAGUCAAACAGCUGGGCUUAAAUCCCACCUCAGUAGACUGUGUGGUAGUGGGGAAAGGCAAUGAGGUCAGAAUAAAACCUGGACAGAAGCUCCAUGUUGUCAAUCAGCUUUACCCGUACACCAUACAGUUCAAAGAAGAUCUCACUGGGCACCACAGCAGCAUCAAAAGUCCAAGAGAGCAAACAUCGGAGAACAGUGAUGGCCAGAAAAAUGUCCAGACUGAAAAAGCUCCAAAACGGAACACAAAUGGGUCUUCGUCAGUAUGUCAUUCAGAAAACACAAAAACAAAUGAACAUGUCGGACAUUGGAGCCACGGUCUGAAGACUUCAAUGCAAGAUCCUCAGAUGCAGGUUUACAAGGAUGAUAAGGUUGUUGUGAUUACAGACAAAUACCCCAAAGCUCGCUACCACUGGUUAGUCCUUCCAUGGCAGUCGAUUCCCAGCCUGAAGGCUUUACGUGGAGAGCACUGUGAUCUUCUGAAACACAUGCAGCAGGUUGCUGACCGCAUGAUCCAGCAAUGCCCAGAUUCCAGCACACUGCGGUUCCGGUCAGGUUACCACGCUAUCCCAAGUAUGAGUCACAUCCACCUCCAUGUGAUCAGCCAGGACUUUGACUCUCCUUGCUUGAAGAACAAGAAGCACUGGAACUCUUUUACAACAGAGUACUUCAUUGAUUCUGAUGAUGUUAUUCAGAUGCUUGAAACAAGUGGAAAAGUCACUGUUAAAGAAGGUUCCAGUGAAUUGUUGAAACUACCUCUCCGCUGCCAUGUGUGCCACAAAGAGUUUCCUACAAUACCUUCUCUGAAGGAACACUUGAAAUCUCACUUUCCCCGAUAAUUAUGUGACCUUAACAUAGAAGUAACAUAGAAGUUGAAUGGUGGUUAUCAUAUUUUUCUAAAAUGUUGUCUUGCAUUCAGUGUUGUAAUUAUGCAAGUUGAAAACUUGUCACUUGUUUUGUACAUUUUUGAAAAUGGCAAUAUUGAUCUGCUUGUCUAGAGUGCAUUUGUCAGUUCGAAGUCAAAUGUUGAUCCACUCUGACUUUAUUUUUGUUUGUACACUUCAUUUUCAAAUAGGUUUAGUUCUUCAUUCUGAUGCAAUAAACAU